ACACUGGCCCUUGGUAAUUCAGCCAACUCCGCGAAACGGUCAUACCAAUUGCAGCAAAAAAACAAAAAACAAUGCAGACGCGCACGCGAGAGUAAAAUGGAGUAUCCACAAAUUGAUUUAUACGAAUUCCUCACUGAGUCCGAACUGCAGCAGUACUACAAUGCCGUCAAAAACGAAUUGAAAAUAACGAACGCGGCCCAGUUCAAGUAUGCGGCGGACGAGGAUUUGCGUUUCAUUGGGCUCUCGCGCCCGGAAAUCCGGCGGCUGCGAAAGUUCUACGAGAAGCACUUCCCCCACAGCUACCUCAGCAAGAUCAAGCGUCUGCUGCAGGCGCCCGGCACGAUGGUGAAGCGGGAGGAGGGGCCCGGCGGCGGCGGCAGCGGCGGAGGUCAGAUGGCGCUCGACGGCACUGGGGCCUCCUCCUGUUCCUCGCUGGCGGCCAAGAACGGGGCCAGUUCGCCGGGCAAGGUGCCCAACAACAAGCACAUCAUUCCGGCGGACUCCAUUAGUGUGAACAAGCAGCUGGGCACCGGCGAGUUCGGAAUCGUGCAGCAGGGCGUCUGGUCCAAUGGCAGCGAGCGGAUCCAAGUGGCCAUCAAAUGCCUGUGCCGGGAGCGCAUGCAGUCGAAUCCCAUGGAGUUCCUCAAGGAGGCGGCCAUCAUGCAUUCCAUCGAGCACGAGAACAUCGUGCGGCUGUACGGCGUCGUCCUGGCCACAGACUCGCUCAUGCUGGUCACCGAGCUGGCCCAUCUGCGCUCCCUACUGGAGUGCCUCAAGGAUUCGGGACUGCGCGUCAGCUUCCUCACCAUCCCCACGCUCUGUGAGUUCGCCCUGCAGAUCUGCAAUGGCAUGCGGUACCUCGAGCAGAAGCGCCUCAUCCACAGAGACCUGGCGGCACGCAAUAUCCUAGUGUUCAGCAAGGACAAGGUCAAGAUCUCCGACUUCGGACUGUCGCGUGCGCUGGGCGUGGGCAAGGACUACUACAAGACCAACUUCAAUGUGAACCUAAAGCUGCCGAUCGCAUGGUGUGCGCCCGAGUGCAUCAACUAUCUGCGCUUCACCAACGCCUCCGAUGUGUGGGCCUUUGGGGUCUGCCUCUGGGAAAUGUUCUCGUACGGCUUCCAGCCCUGGGCGGCACUCACUGGCCUGCAGAUCCUCGAGGCCAUCGACUCGCCCAACUACCAGCGACUGGAGCAGCCCGACUGCUGUCCCAGCGAGUACUACACACUGAUGAUGAAGUGCUGGCAGGAUGAUGCUGCCAAGCGACCCCGUUUCGGUGAGAUCUACGACCAGCUGCCCGAUAUGAAGCCGGAGCAACUCAAGGCGGUGGUGAAUUGUGCCGAGCCCAAGAAGGACCAUCUGCUGUAUCGCCAGGGCGACAUUAUCACUGUUCUCGACCGCAACACGGGCACGCCCUUCUGGAAGGGAGUGCUGAGCACCGGGAAGACGGGCUACUUCAACCCCUCCAACACUGUGGCCUUCCUCGAGGGCCUGCCCAGCUCAAACCGCGAUUGCUUCAGCCGGGUGAGCGACCACCGGAUCAGCAAGCGCAAACUGCGCACUGAGAUGAUUUCGAAGCCACAGAACGACUUUAAGCACACCGGCCAUGUCGGCAUUGAUGGAGCCACCUUUGGCGACAUAGCCUUUCUGGGAAGUUCGCAGAAUUACAAUCACGUGCCCAAGCAAAUAGUGACGCCCUACAAACCCUCGGAGGACAUUGAGCAAACGCCGCUCCUACUGCCGCCCACUCCCACGAGUCCGGAUUCGCUGCAGACAGCCAGUGGAUACUUCCCAGAGGGAGCCAGCAGAGGAGGCGCCAUGGGCACCUCCAUGAACCCCACAUUCAUUCCAUCUGCCGAGCACACGCCCAAGCUGAUAGCCACUAACGGCCAGAGUUCAUUCGACUUCGCCAGCGGGUCCACCAACCCGUUUUUUCUCAACCGAGGCGAUGAUGAGCUGGAGUUUGGCAUGCAGAACAACAACUACGGCGUCGAUGGCAAGAGUGUCCAUUCGGGUGAGGCCAGCUGGCGCCCCAGUUCCCGAAGCAUUGUCGACGAUCCGCACGAGUAUCACGAGAUAUCCGAUGACGAGAUGACGGCCGAUAAGCUGGACUUUGGGCCAUCCCUGCUGGACGAGAUCAACUCGAUGUUUGGAUCGAUUAGCGGGGCAUCGGGCAACCAGCCCAAAUCGCCGGGCUUUGAUCAUGUGAACAGCAAGAACGAGUUUGCCGAAAUGUCUGCCAAACUGGGCCAAAAGAGUGGCGACACCAAUGGCAACAAGCAUGGCCAUGGACUGCUGCCAACGCUCUCGAAAAAGAAAUCGUCGGGCACUGUGAAACCGAUUUCUGUAAAAGACGAGAGGAUUCUGAACCAUGCCAUCGAUAUGGCCAACGAGAUUAGUGCCAGGUCAAUGAUUGAUCUGGUCUCUGAUCAGACACCCGCCAUCCACAGUCCGAAGCGCAAGUUCAGCUUCAGGUUUCCGCAUUUAAGUAACAAUGGUGGCGGUGACAAGGCUGGCGGGAUAGGAGGAGCCAGCGGCUCCGCCCACACUCCCACCCACGGCAACGCCUCGCCCUUUUCCAAGAAGAAAAACUUCACCGAGGAGCUGCAGAGCAUUCCGGACAUACAGCGUUUCCGCUCGCUGAGCGAGAUCAAGAACAGCACCGAUCUGCGCGUGCCCAUCUUCGACAAGGAGAGCUCCGACUUUCUGUUCCAGAAGUCGCGAGAGAUCCUCAGCAGGCCGUUGAAUCUGGAGCGUGAGCGGGCGGCGGAUCAGCCUCCCAAGAGCAUCGACGACAACAUCAUGGACAUUGAGAACACACUGAAGGCGCUCAAUCUGGACUUCAUGCACACGUACACGGAGCUGGACAAAAGCGACUCCAACGACACCAUACUGAACGACCAGCUGCCGCAGCUGGUGAGUUUGGACGAUGGGAUCAGCAGUGCCACCGGCAGCCUCAAGUCGGCGGUCUACAGCUACAGCAACGGCGUGCAGACCAUGUUCGACUUCAAUGCGGCCACCAGUCAUCUGGACAAGCAUCUGCAGUACAUGCACAACCAGGCGCAGCUGAACGCCGCCGCUCCCGUGGAUCCCAAGCCCAUGGAGGACAAGCGCUCCAGCACUCCGGACACGGGCUUCGCCUCGCGGGACACCAACAUCUCGCUGUCGCGCCGCAGCAGCCAGAAGUCCAGUUACAGUCCCCAGGAGAGCUUUCACUUCCCGCUGAAGUCCGAGGCGCUGUUCAGCGCCCCGCCAGUGGUCAUGUCGGGUGGCUAUGCCGGCCUCAAAGAGGCGGAGCUCGGCUACGAGCGCUUCGGCAACGGGGCGACCAAGCAGAUGCUUGCCAGCGCCUCGCCCAUCAAGUCUGGAGCUGGAUUGAAUGCCAGCAGUGGCUCCGUUUACAUGGGCUCAAAGGGAUACCGCCAGCGUUCCACUUCCUUCAACGAGAGCUUCAAUCCCAUAUCGCCGGUGCUAUCGGAGCAGCCACAGCGGGAGCGGGGCGUCAUCCAGCGGCAGGUAAGGCUGGAGCAUCAGCCACCUCUGCCACGCCGCUCCGCCUCGUACAAGCCGCGCUCCAUCAGAGCCCGCACCCUGCGGCGGCUGAGCUACAAUCCCAUGACCCUGGACUCGAGUUCAUCCAGCGGCGAAGAGGCCGCCAAGCCCAGUCUGGCCCGCUCCGAGUGCGACAUCCGGACCAGAGUGGCGGCCAGCUCGAACUCCUCGUUGGGCAGGCGCCGUCGGGCGGGCAUGAAUCGCCAGGUGCAGUCCGCCUGCCAUGACGAACGGGAGGCCAUUAUCUCGCCCCGUCAGAUCUACGGCUCCAAUUCGAGCAUCAAAUCGGCACCGCACUACAACUUCGGAGGCCAGCGACGCAGUUUCCAUCGCGGCGGAACUAGCAUGAUGGGCGCCGGCUACGAGCAGUUCCAGUACGACGAGCGCAUUUACGACUUUGGUGGCCGUGGUCCGGGCAACAACUACAACAUGGCACAUGCCAGCUACUUGAGUUCGUGCCAAAAGGCCAGUUAUCUCUUGAACGGAACCGAAUUGCCCGGUUCCGGGUCGGGAUCCUCUUCGGCUGCCUCGUCGGCCGUGCAGGCCACCUACAGGACGGCAGGGGGGGCGACCACACAGCGACCAAUGAGCGGCGGGGCGGCCCUCCAUGAGUUCGACAUCAGUCGGCUCACGGGCAAGAGUCCCACGUCCACCAAUUUCGUGGGAAGUUCGCCGGAGGAGUUAAAGCAGCGCCAGCUUUCGGUGGGCUCCCUGCUGGCGCCCAGUAACAAGGUGACAAAACCGCAGCGACCCACGGAGUUCCACUGGCCGGAGAAGAUACAUGCAUCGGCGGUGAAGCAGCACGAGAUGCACUGGCGGCAGAUGCAACAGCAGCAGCACCAGCAGCAACUGUCCACAGCAACGAUUAUCAGUGGAGCGGGAGUGGCGGCAGUGGCAGGAGCAGUGACCAGCACCAGGCGAUCCAGUGAUAGCUCCUCCUCGUCCAGCACCGAGAGCGGAGAUGAGUUCCAGUUCCGGCGCGAGUUCGUGGCUCCACGAAUUCCGCCCAGUCCGGCUCCAUAACUAAGGAAAAUGCUGAAAUACGUACUCAAUUUACUGUUCGGCAAUGUGUUGUCCGAUUAGAGGCGUGAGGCAGAUGGGAAUCCGGAUCCGGAUUUGGAUCCAGAUCCGUAUCCGGGUAGCAAUGGCUUGGGCGGUGUUGUGUUUGUGCUACUGUCUGUGUGUGUGUGAGGAAGCGAGAAACGAGAUACGAGCGGUGUGUGCUGGCGUCGAAGAGUAAAUUGAAGAUGUAUUUACAGCGAAUAGAUUAUAUAUUUUUUGGAUUUGAAUUUUUUGAAGCGAGAUGAGAGUGUGCCUUAUAGGAAAACACCGAAGACCUCUCAGAACAGAUAAUAAUGAUGUGCAGAUCAGCUGCACAGCUUCCAAAUCAUUGCAUCAUUCUAUCAUUGCAUCAUACCAUCAACCGCUUAUCUUCAUCAGCUCAAUUAUGCAUUCCCCUUUCUUAUUCGGUUAAAUUUGGCGAAAUAGGUGUACAUUUUUUGAAAACUUUUUUUUUUUUCAGUAAUUCAGAGUUCUGAAUUCAGUUUAAACUCCCUUAUUUCGUUAAAUUUAAACCAAAUUGGAAAGGGGAAUGCCAUUUCCAUCUCCCUAGCAACAAGAAAUACUCUAUUCAGUAGCCUAAAGUCAAUAUACAAAACGUUUCUUCAACUUUUCACUACAACAAACAUAUAUAAUACAAAGAUAAUGGCUUCCAAAUGGAAUAGAAAAUGUUCAAUAAAUUUUUUGUAAUACAAAACCGAACAAGAGCUUGGUGGUCGAAAACAGUAUUUCAAGGCACACGACAAACACUCACACUUUUUGAGGGGACUCCAACUAGACAGGGUAUUACCCAUUGCCAGUCGGUAAUUAUAAGUCACACACAGACACAGACAAAGGGAAACAACCAGAAAGACAGACAGACAGACAGACAGACAGAGAGACAGACAGACAGCACACAAAACUGUUGACAAUCCGCAGAACUUGUCCACAUCAAAAGACAUUCGUCGGAGCAAGAAUCCCGUACGGAUUAUGUGCCAUAUCCUGACGCUUGCAUUUUUUAUGAAACCAAAGCUAAAACUAAACCAAAACCAAAACCAAACGAGUUAAAUGAUACCAAAACCAAGAGAAGCAUUUAAGCUAACUUCAACUAGAGUGUCGAACCCUUAAGUAUCUGUAAGAUUGGAGAUUGAGGUGUCAAGUAUUGGCCUACCUAACCCACUAAGCAAAACGAAAACGAAAGCAAAACUAAAUUGAACUCCAACUUGAAUUGCCGACGAACAUUUUUGAUAACCUCACUAAGAAUAUAUAUUAUAUGGAUUAUACUUACUAAAAGAUUUUCGCAUUCUAUGCAUUUAUGGAUAAACUCAAAUUGAAAAUAUGAUAUACAGAUUAUAUAUACACCCACUUAAAUCUAAAUCAACCUAAUUAUAUGUAUACAAGUAUAAAGGCGUAUGCGGUAAUGUAAGCAUUACGGAACAUGAUAUUCUAAACUAAGCGUUUGAAGCGUUUCACCCCGAGAGAAAAUUAACAUUAAACUAAAUGAAAACCAAAAUUUACUCAAGUAUUAUACAAGAAACCCCAAAUGAACUAAACAAAAUUCAACUAAGCAACAACUAUUUAAAGAGGAGAGACGAAGAGUUUGCAUUCUAAGAACCAAACACGUUAAUUGGUAAUCAAAAACAAUGAAAAUGUUGUGCAUACUUAAAGGGAUUUAAUAAAGAAAAAACUAAUUCUGAAUUUAAA